CUCUAUUUUCAAUGAACCUCAAUGGAGACCUGAUAAGAAUUCAGGCGAAUUUAGACGUUUUAAUUUAUUGAAAUAUUAAGUUCGAUUUUUUUGGAACAUAGGUUUUAAGCCUGGUGGAUUUAUUUUAUUACGUCGUUGUAUCUUCAUAAAGAAGUUCUUCAUUUUUCUAUAAGUUUGUCUACAAGUGUUUGAAUGAGGAAAUCGUCUGAAGCUAACGUUAUGUAGCAAGCUAAUCUCAUCUAUCAGCUAUCGUUUCAGACUCUGUUAGAAAUCCUACUCAAAGGUAUGACCGAGUACAAGCUGGUGGUGGUCGGGGCUGGAGGCGUGGGGAAGAGCGCUCUGACCAUCCAGCUCAUCCAGAACCACUUUGUGGACGAAUACGAUCCAACCAUCGAGGACUCGUACAGAAAACAGGUGGUGAUCGAUGGGGAGACGUGUCUGCUCGACAUCCUGGACACUGCAGGUCAGGAGGAGUACAGCGCCAUGAGGGACCAGUACAUGAGGACGGGGGAGGGCUUUCUCUGUGUGUUCGCCAUCAAUAACACCAAGUCCUUCGAGGACGUUCACCUGUACAGAGAGCAGAUCAACAGGGUGAAGGACAGCGACAGCGUUCCCAUGGUGCUGGUGGGGAAUAAGAGUGACCUCAGUACCCGCACAGUGGAGACGCGGCAGGCGCAGGAGCUGGCACGAAGCUACGGGGUACCGUUUGUCGAGACGUCUGCCAAAACCAGACAGGGUGUGGAGGAGGCUUUCUAUUCGCUUGUGCGUGAGAUUAGAAGAUACAAGGAGACCAACCGCAGCAACAAGAAGAGCAAGAAGAACACUCAGAGACGUUGCAUAAUACUAUAGCAAACCACACAGUCAGACACAGAGCAGCAGCAUCUUUAUCAGCACUUGUUUCACUCUCCUCCUCUGUCACAGUGGAGACAUUUAGCUCUGAUCUCCACAGGAGGCAGGCGAGGAAAAAUCCAGUCUUACUGCUGUUACAGUCCCCAUCAUUUCUCAUCGCAACAGUGUUUUUGGCUGGUUUGGCUCCACAGACUUGCAACCGGCCCCCUAAAUUCCUUUAACGGUAUACUCAGCAUUAACCAGACGGCUAGGAUGCCGUUUGAACCUCAUUAAAGGAGCCUAUUUUACUUUGAAUGCAUUUUCGAUUUAAAACAUCCCCACAUACUGAGACUGCACAGUGAAGCGCCCUCGCUGUCUGUCUCCGGCAUGUUCCUGAAGCGCUGCAUCGCUGCGUUUGAGAUGUGCACCAGGUCAGUUUAAUCGCCAGCCACCCCCAAAACAUGUCAUUCCAUGUAGAGCAUUCCUGAAUUGUAUUGCUUAUAAGAUUUAAGGUCACAAUCAAGGGCUGCAUAUGAUCCCCAAUGACCUUUGACCUCUGAAAUGAAACUGCUUAAUUUGGCAUCAUAUUCUGUAUAAAUAGUAUGUCAAGUUUGUGGUUUUGGGCACAGCCUUUGUUUGUUUCAGCUGAAAUAGAAACUCGUUUCUACCGCUUGAGCCCCCAUGGCAGCAUGAUUUUUUAAUUCCCCCAGUACAAAAAUGAGAUUUCUACCUGCAAAGAUGACACUUUCCUCCCAUCAGUGUUUUUACUGCCAGUUCCACUCCUGUCGGCUGUUCUAGGGUUAAACGUUUACUCCGGUGCAUCGCUGCUCUUUGCACUGUUGCACCGAGUGACCCUUUAAUCCUCACCUCCACGUAUGUUUUUAAAGUGUUGAAAUCUGUGCUGAAUCUUGUGUGUUUAGUACACAUCUGACAAACACUGCAAUACUGAAAAGAUGUUUUUAUACUCAGAGAUCCUAUGGCUCCCAGAUUCAAACCUGUGUUUUCUAAGUUUAGAAUCGUCUUCCCCCUGUGUGUGUAGGUUAGUGCGUCUCCUGGGGCCUAAAACACAUCAGCAAUAUCUACAUUUUACCCUCACAUGAGCAUAAACAUGUUGCCGUAAAAGGAUCACAUCCGUAACAGAACCUCGUCAUUGUGUUCCAGACUCUUAGGUGCACUUUAUCCAUUUCCUUGUUUACUGUAGACUUUAUCUAGGGUUAGUUAGUACCAUUAUUGACUGGUUUAAAGCUCUGCUGUUUGUUCCACGCAUUAAAAGUUCACUUUUAAACCAGUCCCAGUAUUGUUAGGGUUUAUACUCCACCAUAGCGUGAGCAGAAGUUAAUGGGGUAGGAAAUAUCUUAAAACAACAGCUGGAUUACAAGGAGAGAGCGUCAGUUUUUAUAGCAGUGUUUGAUUUUUUUAGUGAACUACUGUCAGAAUAAACAUAAAAAGACUGUAAAGAAUUUAUUUUUGUAGCAUUUCAAACAUUCCUGUUAAAAACAUCCGGAUUAUUAUGAGCCUGCUGUUCACUAAAGUUUAUCUUAAAGUUCAGCAACCUAUCAGUGGUAUUCUAACUGAACCAACCCAGAAAUGAUUCCUACUUUAAGACUCAGCUCUUUCUCUUGGUCUGGACCUGAUUAAUUGCAUUAAAAAAAGAAAUGUGCAAAAUUGAACUUGAUCCCAGCAAGUCUGUGACUGACAGCUUUGUAAUCUUUGAUGCAUCCUGCUGUAACGAACAAGUAAAUGUUUUCAGCUUUUA